CUAGAAAGAAACAGAAGGAAGCGCGCGAAAGAGACGAGUGAAGAUGAGCCACCAGUCGGGAGACAUAGACAGGAAGAGCAGACAGAACGAGAGAAGGAGAUGGCGAAGGAGAUGUUUAGGAUGCAACAACGAUAUGAAGAACAGCUGAAGGUGAUGAGCUAUGAAAUCCAGAAGCUGAAAGCCGCUCAGUUCAACUCUGCUCUGACACCCUCAACACCGUCAACAUCAAGAGCUAGAACGGCCACGCCCGUCUUAGGAUUGAGAACUGUUGGACCAGCGGAGCUAUUUGCAAGAAUGGCACCCAGUCCCCGACGACGAGGGGGAAAUGAGGGUGAAGAUCCUCUUGGAUUCGACAGACUCAUAACGGGCAAGAAGGCGGUUGUUGCCGAACCUGGCGAGGAAGGGAAGAAGAAGUUCCUGGAAGACACUAACCGGUUCCUGAAGGCGAAGAAUGUCCAGACCUUGUCCAAGAUGUGCAAAGACGAGAAGAUUAUCGACAAAAUACCGACUCCGUUGAUGGACGCCGGAGUAGAGGUUGUCGACCUUCACGCCAACAUUGCGAACAUCGACCACGAGUUCAAGACGCAACGCGAGGAUCACCCGGUGAACUUCUACCGCCUCACCGUUCAUGUUCGUGAUUGGAACGGAGUAGUAGUCCCAUGCACAUUAGCUCCUCCUCACCCUUCAGUCAGCUGUCACAUGGUAUCCGCCGCAAGCAUGCGAGCUUCCAUCAUCAAAGACGACAUCGAGGAGAUGGGGGUGUGUUUUCUCCACGCCCUCCCGCCCCAUGACGCUUCAUCGACGGACUCUUCUUCGGAUCCACGCAUCACCGAGCUUCUCGACGCCUACGGCGACGUGUUCGAAGGCCCGUAUGGAGUAGUACCGGAUCGGCCCAUCCGCCACGAGAUCAUCCUCGAGGACGGGGCCGUACCUCCGCGCGGUUGCAUCUACCGAAUGAGCGAGGAAGAGUUAAGUGUGCUUCGGGCACAACUCAACGAUCUUCUCGAGAAAGGCUGCAUUCGGCCUAGCUCAUCGCCAUACGGUGCUCCGUUCUCUUUGUCCGGAAGAAGAACAAGGAUUUGCGGUUGUGCAUCGAUUAUCGCAUGCGCGUUGCCAUAUGGUGCUCCUGUUCUCUUCGUCCGAAAGAAGAACAAGGAUUUGCGGUUGUGCAUCGAUUAUCGCAAGCUCAACGCGCAGACGAUCAGAAACGCCGGCCCUCUCCCGCGCAUCGACGACCUUCUCGAACGACUGGGCGGCGCCAAGUUCUUCUCCAAGCUCGAUCUCAAGUCGGGAUAUCACCAACUCGAGAUUCGGCAGGAGGACCGCUACAAGACCGCGUUUAAGACGCGAUAUGGGCAUUUCGAAUGGCUGGUUUUGCCAUUUGGCCUUACGAAUGCCCCGACCACUUUCCAAGCGGCUAUGACAACGGAGUUCCGACACAUGCUGGAUCGAUUCGUACUUAUCUACCUCGACGACAUCCUGGUGUACAGCCGGAGUUUGGAGGAGCAUGUGGAACACAUGCGCACCGUUUUGGAGCGGCUACGACAAGCCAAGUACAAAGCCAACCUUGACAAGUGCGAAUUCGCGCGGCACGAGCUGGAGUACUUGGGACAUUAUGUGACGCCGCAAGGCAUCCGUCCGCUUGCGGACAAGAUCGAGGCCCUACGAGUAUGGCCCGAGCCCACCAACACCACGGACGUUCGUUCAUUCAUGGGAUUGGCGGGCUACUAUCAGCGAUUCAUCAACGGAUACUCGAGGAUUGCUGCACCUAUGACGAGAUUACAAUCGCCAAAGGUGCCAUUCGUAUUCGAUGACGACGCACGCCGGUCAUUCCAAGCACUUAAGGCGGCUAUGCUCAUGGCACCCGUCCUUAGCAUCUAUGACCCCACCCUGCCUACGAAAGUGACAACUGACGCUUCCGGCUAUGGCAUUGGGGCAGUCUUGGAACAACACGACGGCGACGACUGGCACCCUGUGGAGUAUUUCAGCCACAAAGUGCCUCCCAUCAACUCCCUUGAUGAUGCACGGAAGAAGGAGCUGCUCGCAUUCGUCAUGGCUCUCAAACGAUGGCGGCACUUCCUCCUUGGGCGGCGUAGGUUCACAUGGGUUACGGACAACAAUCCAUUGACCUACUACAAGACGCAGGAUACAGUGAGCAGCACGAUGGGACAAUGGAUGUACUUCAUCGACCAAUUUGACUUCACACCAAAACAUCUUCCCGGCCUCUCCAAUCGCGCAGCAGAUGCACUCUCGCGAAGACCUGAUCUUUACGCUAUGACACAUCAUGCCUUCGCAUUCGACGAGGAGCUCCAGCGACACUUCAUCAGGGGCUAUGAGUCCGAUCCAGAUUUCGCCACGCUAUAUGCGCAGCUAUCUUCGGAUCACCCGCCGGCCGACCACUAUCGCAUCGCGGAUCGGUACUUGCUCCUGCACUCGCGGGGCAAGGACUUACUAUGUGUCCCACACGACCGCCGUCUUCGGACUCGCCUCCUCGACGAGUAUCAUGAUUCGCGACUCGCCGGCCAUUUCGGAGUCAACCGCACUAUUGCACGGCUUCGACAGCGAUUCCGAUGGCCCGACCUCAUUACCGAUGUCACUCGGUAUUGCGACUCUUGCGAAGUUUGCCGACGAAGCAAACCCCACAACUGCAACCCCUAUGGCGAGCUGCGCCCGAUGCCGAUCCCGCAGGAACCCGGUCUCUCCAUUGCCAUGGAUGUCACCGGACCAUUCCCCCGCGAGCGCCUCAGACACGACGGCAUCCUCACGGUYGUGGACCGAUUGACCGAUGACGAUGAUGAUGAUGAUGAUGAUGAUGAUGAAGCCGGCGCUACCGAUGAUGAUGGUGAUCAUGAUGACGAUGAUGCAAAUGACAAUUACAGUAAGGUAACCAAUAAGAUAAUUGAUGAUGAUGGCGACGGCAACAAUCAUUACGAUGGAACUGUUUAGGGAAGGGGGAAGGCGGAAGGGGACCAUGAUGGUGAUGAUGAUCAUGACGGUAGAGCAGGCGAUAAGAAUCUUGGGGGCUAGAAGAAUCUUGGGGGCUAGUUCAAGUUCAAUGAUGACGACAAUGGUGGCGGCAUUAUUUGCUACGACAAAUCCCAUGGCACAAAAGACAAACGACCACAUUCUGACGCAACAAAUAUGCAACCCUUGG